AUGGAGAUGGCUAUAGACCCGCAGCUGACCGGGGAGUCUGUGGUCUUGGAGGACGAGGAGGAGGCGCCAUCAGUUGAACAGACACACUUGGGCUACAACCCCCAGCUUGGAGGGGAAGCGAACAGCUACGACGCGCAGUUGGACCACGACCGGCGACAGCAGAGGAGGAGGCUGCAGUCGCGGUUUGAACACAUCUUCGAAAAGUACGGCAAGGACUUUGACGGCGUGGGCGACGAGAUAGACCUGGAGACAGGCGUCAUUGUGGUCGACAAUGGACACCUCAAGAAUAUGCAGCAUGAAGCGGAUGAAGGCGGCCAGGAAGCCUUGGAUCCUCAACUGAGGGAAGGCGGAGACCUUGCUGGCGAUGUACCUGGUCUCGAAACCACGGAGAGCGACGGAGACGCCUUAGAUGAGGACGACGACGAUGAGGGCAGCGCGUCUGGAGACACCUCUAUGGACGAGGCCCCAGCCCAACAGGACGUACCGCAGAACAUCUUCGACAUGCCGUCGCUACGAGAGUCAGUCAUGGACCUGCAGUCAAAGCAGAGGCAAGGAGGCGGUAUCGAUCGAGACGCUAUUGAAGCCUUGGGUAUGAGCAUCGCAAAGCAGCUCACCGAUCUUAUGUCGCAAGGUGAAAAGACCGGAUCUAAGCGAAAGUCCAAGGAUGCAUGGGCAUAUCCAGACAUCCCACGACCUCCUCCUAAAAAGCGCGCACGUCGCAGCCGUGUUCCAAGGCGCCACAAGAAACGGCAAGCAGAGGAGCUUUCGGCUGAGCAGGCUGCGCAGGCGGAGGCAGGAAGUUCCAAGCCUGAAGACGCCAACAUCGUUCCUGAGGAGUCGCUGGGACAGAGCAAUUCACGGAAAUGCUACAAUUGCACGAGUACGAACUCCACUGUCUGGCGAAAGGGGCCUGACGGUCUGAUGUGCAACGCUUGUGGGAUGUACUACUACAGAUAUGGCUUGAUUCGACCAAUCGGACCUGUUGAAGAGAGCGAUGAGUCUGCUUCGGAAUCUUCUGAGGAUGAAUCAAUAGUCGAAUCAACAGCCGAAGAAGACGAGGUAGAAUCGCGGUACUCAGCUAACACUUCGAGGCGCCGCGAUGAGCUUCCGCAAAAGGGCAGUCCUGUCAUGCACGAGGAAGAUGUGUUGAUCAUCAAGCUCAAAGAGAUCGAUAGACUGUCAUGGGAAAGGAUCGCCAAGCACUUGCCGGCCAGGACAGCUUAUGCAGUCCAAUGUCGAUACAGCAAGAAACUGCACAAUCGACCGGUCGAAGCAAGAGCCACCCUCGCGAACCAGGGUUUCGAGUACCACUACGAUGACCACGGCCUUAUAGUGUUCACUCCCGCACCAGCACCACAGGUCUUCACUGACGAAGAGGACGAGUUGCUGUUGAAGCUACGUGAAGAAGACAAACUCGACUGGGACCGCGUCGCUGCGUUCUUUCCUACCCGCACACCGCGAGCUUUGCAGCUACGGUUCAACCAACUUGCGAAGAGGAUCGUGCGGGAGCAAAACAACGCCAGCGGCAAGAAGCGAAAGCAUUCACCAGGCGCGAGAUGGAAUGUGCCCUACACGGAAGAGGAGGAUGAGCUCCUACGAAAGCUGCGCGAGGACGAUCAGAUGCAGUGGGUCGAGGUAGCGGCCAACUUUCCUGGACGCAAUGCUUUGGCGCUGCAGAAGCGCUAUGUUCGAGACGUCUCUCAAGCCGCGAAAGAGCGCCAUCUUCGCGCUCAGGGAGCAUUGCUCAAGGAGGGUGAGAGCAUGAGACAUCUCCGAUACACUUGGGAAGAAGAUAAGAAGCUGUUGCAUUUGAGGGAUCAUGAGGGGCUCAGUUGGCCUGAAAUCGAACAGAGAAUGCCGGGUCGAGCGAGAGAGUCGGUCGAGCGACGGUAUCACUACAUCUACCAGAGGAAGGAGCACGAGAAGAUGUUGCAGAGCAUGGCAGCGGCUCAUCAGAAUGGCGAGGUGUCCGGUCAAGAUCAUGAUGAAGACGGUGCGCAGAGUGAUGACGAGUUGCAGCAAGAUGAUGUUGAUGAUUCAUUCUCAAUGCUGACAUAUACAGAGCCUUCUCUGCAGAUGUCCGCCUCGAAGCCGGCGAAUGACUCGAACGCUCGAGGUCGCACUGGGAGUCAGCCCAUCAUAUCAGGUUCGAGCUCAGCGCACGAUAGCACCGAAGGCAAAUCAUUACAAUCUCGGGCUCGCUCUGCCCCUCCACUCGAUGGAGCUCUUCCAGGGACGACUACCGCACUGCGGGCGCAAGUGCCGGCGCCGAAGAAGAAAGUCGUCAACCGCUGGACGAAAGAAGAGGACGAACUGCUUCAACGGCUUCGUGCUCAAGGCGUGGACUGGGACACCAUUACGUCGCAGUUGCCCGGGCGUGAACGGAAGAACAUACAGAGUCGCCAUUCCGUCAAGUUUGGGAACGCUGCACACCACCGGAAUCUUCCUGAGAACCAGCAGAAGGAUACAAGUCUGCUACGGCAAGCCAUGAACAACAACUUGAGAAGGCGCUCCAUACCUGAUCAGACCUAUGUGAAGAAGAUGCCAACUCCCACGUUCAUAGACCUGACCGGCGACGACGACGAGGAUGAUCCAAUAGUGUUGCACUCCCACACGCCGGAACGUCUGAAUAAUGCGCCAAUCGAGCGAGCUGCUCUGGCUAACUCAUUACUACCACGUCUUAUUCAUGACCGAGCUACAGCGUCUGGAUCGCCUAGGAGUGUACACAGCAAUCAACAAAAUCCGAUCUCUGUUCAGCCAAGACAAACGCAGACAAGAUUUGCCAGACCAAGCGCGCUCGAUGGGCCACCAAAAGUCCCUGCUGUCUUCCGCGAGCCAGGCCUGCAGCUGCUGUCACCCUCCAGCAAGCAUCGCGCGCAAAGUACAGCGCCCAGUCCGCCGCGCGGUGCGGCAACGGCACCGGCACCACAGGCACCAUCUGCAGACACCGCAGCUCCCUCAGCAACAACUUGGAGCCGCUUCUGUACUCAGUUGGAGGAUGCAACUACCUCUCCAGCAUUGCUAGACAUGGGCCUUAGUCUGUCGUCGAAAGGGAGGACUCCCGUCAACAGCAGACCGACGUCCCGUGACAGCGAUGAUCAAAGACCGACUUAUCCGCAGACGCCUUUGAUGAGCGCGCGUAGCUCUCCGCAGCCUUCUGAGAGCUCUUCUGCACAGCCUAGCGUCAACUACUUCACCCCGGCACGUCACACGGCACAUUCACAUCCGUACUUCGUCGCUCCUCCGGCACCGAUGUAUAUCCCUAGCCAGCAGGAACAGCCUAGCCAGCAGGAACAAGCAGUCUGGACGAAAGAUGAACACGUUGAGCACAUCGAGCACGAUACCACCAACACGAAACACAAUCAAGGUCCGCAAAGCGACACCUUGCGCGCACGGAAGGCGGCCAACACUGGAGGCAAGUUGAGGCCCGUCGGGAAGCGUCUGCAAGCUGCAAGGGAUUCAUCGCACCGGCCUGCUGAAUCGGAUCGUCAUGUGUACAACAUUCCAGCACCGGACCCUAAGGAGGUCAACACCAACGCUGGCGGGGUUCAGGCGCCGACCACGGGCGAGACCCAGGAACGACGAACGACCGCGGAACAAGAGACGGCUGCUGAAACCGCCUCGACCCGAAACCCUCCCGCCAGCGUUGCAGCCCCGCACAUCGAGCAUACGGCGGCGGCAGCGCCAACCGAAGACUGGCCAGAGCUCGUAAUCAUGGCUCUCAAGUCUACUCACCCGCAACCUAUGACGGUCGACUCCAUCACAGCGUACCUCGUCGACACCUUCCCGUACUUCGCGCAGACGCCACCGAAGACGUGGAUCCCUGAUGUGCGUUCAGCGCUGGCAAAUCACAACAGGCUAUUCAGCAAGGCCGGAAGAAGCGCUCGUGCUACCUGGGCAUUGACUGGCGCGAGAUACAUGCCUGCAAUAGACAAGAAAGGCGUAGCGCGCAAGCGUCCGCAGUUCAACUCAGGAAAAGCUCCACAAGCAGCCUCUACGGAGCGCCGUGAGAAUUCUCCAAAACCCGUCGAUGCUACGCGUUCCAAUGGAGAUGGUGAGACGACUUCGAGGCCUCGCAGGAACAGCGAGGAAGCCGGUGCGCCCCAAACCGUUCCUGAGAAGGACGAGAGGACUGCUAUGGGCUCUGGUUUGGAAAACUCUGCCAUCGUGAUUGAGGAUGACUCUGAACCAGAGGACGAGCCCGAGCUGUCCUCGAACAAGGGCAUCUUUACGACGCCAGAUCAAAACGAGAGCAGUCCGGCGAGGGCGCUUGUCCACGGUAACCCUUUGGAAGAAGAAGAUUCGGCGGCCGCUCCCACUGUGAACGACGAUACCGACCAGGAGCCCGACUUCCAUGACUCAGCGAUCAUGCUCGUUGACGACCCCGAAGCGGAUAUCGAGAAAAAGCCUCAGGUGACCGAGGACGACGAGGAAGACGAGCUGUCGACUGCCAUGACAUCGAUGCUGGCAGCCUCGAUCCGCUCAUCAACUCGCAAGCCGCCGCAACCGACUCAUCUAUCUCCGAAAGCCGCGGAUGCGGAGCCGCAGGAUGAUUCCUUGCCGCCUUUGGCCGCAGCACAGAUUAGCUCAGACAUCGCUCGCGAACCCGAAAGCACACCAGGCCACUAUAGCACCCGCUCGCUUCAAUCCAAAGGCCCCGGUCUCCACUCCGACAGCUCGCGCGAUAGCCCCAGCACAGCCGACGGAUCCCUGACAUCCAGCUCUCCACUUCUGCACACAACGAAGACGAAGGGCAAGGUGUACAGCCGGACGUCAACACCUGGGACAGACCACUCAGCCGCAUCCAGCCGUCCGAAGCACGGCAGAGUGAAUGCUCUGAGAUCUUCGUUCAGCCGGCAAUCGCCCGCGUACCGGUCAAGCAGUGUUGGCAUACCCGGAAGCAGGAAAAGAGUCGUGCAGACGCCUAUGAGAGAUGGGGAUGAUUCGGAGGAUGAAUUGGCAUGA